ACAAAUCUCGCGUGAGGUGGCGCAAUGGGCGUGGUUUAUCCAUGUACAUCUGCUCGCUAUUGGUCGAUAACCCGGAAGUGAACAUCCGUGACAUUUUCCGCAGUUAUUCAAAACGUCAGAAAAACCUGCGUCGGCAGAAAACAAAGUAACUUAAAUAGAGCAGGAAUAAAAAUAUAACCAGUAAUGUUUAUUAAUUAACAGUUAAAGGUUAAAUAUUAUUAUUUUAUUCGAGUCCACCAGAUGUUAUGGCGCGAAACAGCGGCGAGUUUAGAUUAGCAUGUUAUAGUAAACAGGUGUAAGGUUAGCAUAAGCAACAGGUAUAGGGUUAUAUAUAAACUUUUUUAUUUGUAUCUAAUUCGAUAAAAACGUACCAAAAAGAACGAGAUAAUAUGGAGAAGGAGGUGGGGUUUGUUGGGAAUAUGAGAGACUGUCCAUCUGCUGACCGUAUGCAGCAUCUCUCUGAACGUCUGGCCUCAUCCCUCUCCACUGCUCCGAUCCCCUUUUUCUCUCCAGAGUCUUGUAAGUUGUUUAGGAUGAACAGGGAGUCUGCGUGUCAGUCUAGAGAGAAGACCUACAUCUUUCUGUGGACCGGCCGCCAGUUUCAGGAGGAGCAGACCGAGUGGGAUGCAGUCAACCGGCUGCUGCAGAACCACGGCUUUAAACCCGUCCACUUCGCAGAUCCCACUGAGAACAAGAACCUCGCAGACCUUGUUCUGUUGGAGAAAACGUCCUCGUCCGAGCUGCGCACCAUGCUGAAGACGAUGGUAACGGAUUCGGAGCGGAGACAAGCGCUGAUCCAAGAGCUCAUCCAAUCUAACAGCAAGUUAAAACAGGAAGUGGAGCAGCAGCAGACCCGGGCGGUGCGUCAGUCACACAGAGCAGAGGAGCUGGAGGGCGUGCUGGCCGGAGUAAAGGUCAAAGUUCAGGGUCUGGAGGACUCCAUCAUCAGUAAAGCAGCACAGCAACAGGGACGAGUUCAGCAACUGCAACAUGACAAGACAGAUGCCGAGAUGCGCUGUGAGGUUCUGCAGCAGCAGCUCAGUGAGCAGGUGUCUCAGGUGUGUGAGCUGCAGAAGAAACUCCAGCUCACUGUGAAGCAGGAGGAGAAACGCAUCUCUCACCAGAACCAAACCUUCCAACAGUUCCUCAGUCGCUCGGCUCGAUUACACUCACCUACUGAUCAACUGAUACUGGACAUCAUUUGCAGUUAUGAAUCACAGCUGCAGGAGAAACUGAAGAGGUGUCGAAGAUGCAGUGUGUGCAACAGUGACUCAUCUGAUUCACAGCCACACAACACCAACACAUCGGAGUUACACUCCUCCAGCUACACAAUCCUGCUUAAGUCGUAUCAGGAGCAGUUGAAGAAGACUAAAGCGCAGCGUGAAGAUUUGAGAUCAAAGGUUCAGCGUCUCAGACAGGAUCUCGACUCCAGGCCGAAUAUGAAGGAGCUGAAGUGGUGUAAACAGCAGUUGAGAAGGAUGGAGAAUCUCAUGCAGCAGAAUAAUGUCAGGUCAGUUCAGAUGAAGAAACCUGAAGAUCCGACGAGUUCCAUCACUGAGACACAGCGAUACCUCACUGAGAGCCAGAGAUGCAUCACGGAGAUCUGCUCGGAGCUGAAGGUGCAGGACGUCGGCGACGUAGUGGCUGCAGUUAAGGCACGCUGCAGAGAAGCGGAGUCAGCGCUCCGACUCGAGAAGAUCCUCAGUGACAUCACAGACAUCCUGACCAAUCCGAGAGCCUCGCUGGCGUCGCCUCAGAGACCCGGGGAUGGCGCCAGCUCGGAGCUGGAGCGGCUCGUUCCUACGCUGGAGACGUGGAGCCGACAGCUCGGAGCUCUGCCGGAUCUGCAGCGCUCCGUUAGCAGGUUGAAGAAGAGGCUGUUGCCGUGGCAGCCGGAGGACGGAGCCGGGUUUAUUGAGCCCGAGUGCGUGAAGGUGGAGGACGUGAAGCUCAUGGUGGACAUGCUGCUGAACGAGACUGCUCCAGACGACACGGUGUUGCGCACUCCUACGAAGCCCACGCUGCAGGCGAUGGUGUCUCACUUUCAGAAACUCUUUGACGUUCCGAGUCUGCGCGGUGUUUACCCGAGAAUGAACGAGGUCUACACGCGUCUGGCCGAGAUGAACAACGCCAUGAGGAACUUGCGAGACAUCCUGGACAUGGAUGAAAGAGCGCCCCCUGGUGACGUGGUGAACACAGUGGCCAAAGUAAUGACUCGAGAUUUUUCCUUUCAAAACCCACACGAGUUGCUCGGAACCAGUGACAUAGACAGCAUUAUAGUGAAGCUGAAGGAACACGAGGAAUUUUUUCCUGCAUUUCACUCACUGGUUCUCGACCUGCUGAACACCCUGGGUGCUGAGAGUUUGGAUGAUAUUCUCCCCCGAGUCAGGACUCUGAAGUCGAUGACUGAGUGAGAAACGUGUUUGGUUUCUGCUCUGUGCACGUGAUGAUGACGUGACCGGUGCUGAGACGCGUGCGAGAGUCUGUGUGUGUUUUAUUGAAGAACGUGUCUCGAGUAAAUCGUAGGAGCACCAGUGUGACCUGUACAGUUCCUCAGUGUGAAUUAAACUUCUUUAUAGAACAA